GUGGAGCUGGGUGAGCUAGUCGCCACGGGCUCGUUUGGCGUGGUGCACAGAGGCGUGUAUCGCGGGCAGCAAAUAGCGGUCAAGUUCCUGCUCUUCCCGGAAGCUAGUAGCGAGGAUGACUUGAAUCGGGCCAAGAGGGGGUUCCGGCAGGAGGUGGCGGUGUGGCACAAGCUGCAGCACCCAAACGUCGUGCAGUUCCUAGGAGCGUACAUCAACCCGCCCAAGUGGGCCAUAGUGACGGAGUUUCUAGAGGGCGGCACAGUCAAGGGCUUCCUGUCCCGGAUAGGCAAGAACCGCCUGCCGCUCAAGCAGAUCGUCUCCAUGGCCCUCGAUGUCGCCAGGGGCAUGCAGUACCUGCACAGCCACAACGUGAUUCACCGCGACCUCAAGUCGGCGAAUCUGCUGCUGGCAGCAGACGCGAGUGUGAAGGUGGCGGACUUUGGCCUGGCGCGCACAGAGGCACAGGAGCCGGGCAACAUGACCGCUGAGACGGGCACAAUCAGAUGGAUGGCGCCGGAGAUGAUCGACCACAAGCCUUACACGCGGAAGGUGGACGUGUACAGCUAUGGCAUCGUGCUGUGGGAGAUCUGCACGGCCCAAUGGCCGUUUGAAGGGCUGUCCUUUGUGCAACUCGCACACGCCAUUGUCGCUGAUGACCUACGGCCGCCCAUAAAGGACUGCCCGAGCCAGCUAACAAAGCUGAUAACGCGGUGUUGGGACCGGGACCCAGAUGUGCGGCCAGACUUUGAGGAAAUUGUUAAAACUCUCCAAGGCAUUGCCUCGAGUGCGUCGCUCAGAUUCAGGUCGGAUGGUCCAACAGUACCCAUGCGGCCAGCACCCACAGGAUCCGGCAGACCUAACGGCAGCUUAACUCCAGCAACAGCAGGAGGAGGAGGAGGAGGUGGAGGAGGGGGAGGAGGAGGGGGAGGAGGAGCAGGAGGGGGAGCAGGAGGAGGAGGAGGCGGGAGGGGAGGGGAUGGCAGCAGCAGUCAGGGUGUGGCGUCACGGCACGGGCAACGGGAAGAGCAGCCAGCAGAAGGGCAGUGGACCAAGAUCCAGGUGCCUGUAGCUCCUGAGAAAUCCACUGGGUGCGGUUGCUCGAUACUGUGA